AAAGAAGCCUCUCUCUCUCUCUUAACCUCUCGUUUCACCAUUAUCUCUUACACUGUUACUAUCUUCUCUCUUUUCUUCUGCAUCUAGAACUCAACUUUUCCAUGGCCAAUGCUUACGAGCCUUACCAUGUCCUCCAACAAAGCCGGCGUGAUAAACUUCGGAUUCCUUCUCUUGAUUCCCACUUCCACUUUCACCACCCUCCUCCUCCUUCUUCCUCUUCUGGUGGUGGCGGCGUAUAUCCUCUCUCAGACUCUGAUUAUCUCGCCGCCGGUGGAUUUCACUCCCACAACAACAGCAACCACAUAUCCAACCCUAGCUACAGUAAUUUCAUGGGAUUUCUUGGUGGUCCAUCUUCCUCUUCAUCCACCGCAGUUGCCGUCGCCGGAGAUCAUUCAUUUCACGACGGUCUUUCUUCCGGUGACGUUCUUGUCUUCAAACCCGAGCCCUUAUCUCUGUCUUUGUCGUCUCACCCUAGACUCGCUUACGAUCUAGUCGUUCCCGGCGUUGUUAACUCUGGAUACGGUAGAUCCGCAGCAGAAGCAGCCGCUGGCGCCGUCACCGUCGCGUCGAGAAGCUCAGGUCCUCUCGGACCGUUCACUGGCUACGCAUCGAUACUGAAAGGAUCGAGGUUCUUGAAACCAGCACAGAUACUUCUUGAUGAGUUCUGUAAUGUGGGUCAUGGGCUUUACACCGACAAAACCAUCGACGGUGACGAUUCUUCUUUUCUCUUUGAUCCGACGGUUGAGAAUCUCUGCGGCGUUUCUGACCCCGGCGGAGGAGAAUAUAUGAAGAACAAAUCUAAACUCAUUUCCAUGCUGGACGAGGUUUACAAGAGGUAUAAGCAAUACUAUGAGCAGCUUCAAGCUGUGAUGGGCUCAUUCGAAUGCGUAGCAGGUCUCGGGCAUGCAGCUCCUUACGCGAGUUUAACCUUAAAGGCAUUGUCAAGGCAUUUCAAGUGUUUGAAGAAUGCUAUAACGGAGCAGCUACAGUUUAGCACAAAUAACAAGAUACAACAACAAUCUGGUCAUCUGAUGAAUUCUGAGAAUAGAACCGAGUCUAUGCGAUUUGGAGGAAGUGAUGGUAGUAGAGGUUUAUGUUCUGCUGGUCAAAGACAUGGAUUUCCUGACAACCAUGCUCCUGUCUGGAGACCGCACCGGGGCUUACCCGAACGUGCAGUCACUGUGCUAAGGGCUUGGCUCUUUGAUCACUUUUUGCAUCCUUAUCCAACUGAUACAGACAAGCUAAUGUUGGCUAAACAGACAGGUCUCUCCAGAAAUCAGGUUCUCACUUCUGAUAUCUUCAGUCUUGUUUUGUUUUUCUUUUCUAUUUUUUUUCUUGCAUUUCUUACUCCACAAUUAAGCGCAUUUAAAUAGUUUUCAAAAUACAACAAAAUAAUGCAAUAAAAACAUUAAAGAUCAAUUGUAUUUACAUUCCUAUCACUCUAUCUAGUCCCAAAAGAAGGUUAAGUAAAUCCCUAGGGUUUCUUUUUGCUUUCAUUGAUUUUACUUCCUAGGUUAUUAUUGAUAACCAUUACCGUCGGGAUAUGGUUUGC